GACAGAAGUUGAACUGCACUGGAUAAAUUCAGAGUCUUCGUGACGCAAUGGCUGGGUCUUUAGAAACGCAACAACUGUUUACACAGCAAGCGCUGUGGAAUUCGGAUUAUUAUAAUGCGAUUUAUUAGACGUGACAUUUUACGUGGUCCAAAAUCAACCAAAAUACGCAUCUCGACAAUGGCAACAAAAAAUACAAAAGUAAAUCUCCAGCGUUUUUGUUUUCAUUAUAGUGUAGCUCGUGCCCUAUUAAUCACCGAUCUCUAUAUAGCGGAUAACAAAUACGCUUAUGCAAUGCGGUGUAAACUAUGCGAUUGCAAUGGUGUAGCUGGUUAGCUGCCUUUACUGCGGCUAGCUAACAACAGCAUCGAUUAAUUUCCCGAAAGAGAUUCAUGUCAGUUCAAACAAUACGCUUGGCAAACCCGAAAAAACACUUUAUGUCCUCGGGAUUGCAAUGGGUACAGAGGUAUGUGUCCAAAAGAAGGACUGACGCGAUGGGCUCUCUAGCCGUCCUAGGCUACUCUCGCUAGCCGAAUUCUGACAUUGUUUGCUAAAUGUCAACCCAUUUGGACAUCCCUCUUUCCUUCUAAACAACAAAGCAAAAGCAGUUCAAACUAGAUUGUGGAGUGCAGCUAACCACAACACCCAUCACCACCGGGAUUGUCAAGGCCUAGGAGCUGACAGCUCAGCAAUGUUGUAGCGUGUGUGUCACAUCUGGAUACCUUUGUAAUGCACCCGCAGAUUAUUCUGUGAGAGCCCGAUGUAGCUGUAUUUAUCCUUGGGGCUCCACGAUCGGGACGGCUAUUCGGAUUUUUUCAGAGAGGCACGCUAUGGACACCUACAAACUGGAGGUCUUUUUCAAGGUCCUGCGAUGCCAUGGCAACCGCAUCUCAAACAACAACAAUACCACGCCGUUGAAGAUUCAGUCAGAUGGACGCUAAGUUUACGAUGUAAAAUAGUUAUAAUAAUCAAAAUGUCGGUACAGAAAGCACUACAGCUGCCACCGCUGUCACACUCUGAAAGGUCGUCAUCACACUUUCUAUCUAAUGAUGAAAGACAAAGCAGGAGAACUCAUCAGAAACAAGUUAUCAGUGGAAUUGCCAUGUCAAAGUUUAUGAAAACAAAAUUCAGAGAAACAGCAGUUCAACAUUUAACCUUGCCUGCUCAUGGAUCUCUUACCAGGCCUCAUUUCUUGGAGCAACUGGAGUGCUAUCUCAACAAAGAAUUAGAAGCUUUAGACACAGACGACCCGAAAAUUCAGGAGCUCAAACUUCAGGUUUACCAGGAGGUCUUUGGAUAUUUAAUAGAAGAGUUCAAAACAUAUAAGCCUAUUUUUUCAUCCAUCAAAAGGGAGUAUGACAUCACAUUAGCAUGCCUUCGUGAACAAAUCAGGGAUCUGCUACCUCUGCGAGCGAAACUGGUGCUGGUCACAGAACAAUGUGAGAAAAGGGUUCUUGAUCUGAUGAUACAGGAGAGGGAUGAGAUCAGAGCUCUGAAACAAGAGUGUCAGCGUUUGCAGCGAAUCAUUGAGAGUUCGAGGGGACAACAGUGCGCCCUGCAGAUUCAGGUUGAUCGUCUAAAAGAGGAUUUAGCUAUCCAGUAUGAGUUAUACAGGGAUGAGCGUGAUGCACGAAAGCUGCUCAUAACUAAAUACAGCAUGAUGCACUCUACCCAAGAUACUGAACACGGUGACACAAAGGAAGAUACGGAAUCUGAAGAUCCUGUUUUGGUUAAGAUGGCUUUGCAAGUAUGUAGAGAGGAUCUUACUAAAGCCCAGGUUGAGCUUAACCGCAUGCAAGCAGAAUAUGGUGAUGUGGUUCCACGACGAGACUGGGAGAACCUUAAUUGUCUCUAUGAGGAAACUCUGGGGAAGCUGAAGAACUUACAGGCAGACUUCGAUCAGAUGAAGUCCGAAUAUGACACGCUACUUGAAGUUCAUCGGCAGUCAGAAGUGCUACACUCUAAUCAGGCCAUAAUGCAACGCAGUUUAACUCCCAGACCAAAAUGGGAACAUUGUUCAGACAUUAUUGUGGGCAAUGAGCGCUGUGGAAUACUCUUUGAAGGUCAGUCCAGUCAAAAUAAGUUGGAGAUUUUGCUGCAGCAGAUGAAUAGACAGGAUGAAUUUUUCCUCGGACUUGGCUUCUCCGAUUACGUCCCCAUUUUUCUACGUUAUGAGGGAAAGUUUAAAAAUCUUAAGCUCAAGAAAGCUGAUGUGGUUAGAGUUAUAAAGGAUACCUGGAAAGACAAAACUGCAGACAAUGAGAAGAAUGACGACUGCGUAGAUCUGAAGGUGUUUUUUCACAACUAUCUCGUGGAUCAGUACAAGGAAAAGGCAGGAGAGUGGGCUUAUAGCUUAAUGGAAAGAAUCAACAACAAUCUCAAUGAUGAUCUCUUUUGUCUUUUCAACGAUAUCCUGACUGGGAAGGUGGAUGAGAGUAUCUACCAUGGACAAACACAACUGCAAUCUCACUUGCUCAAGGUUUUAAUUCGAAGUGACACAACAGAAUGUGGAUCACUAACUGUUUUAGAAUUUGGUGAAGCAUUGAAGGCGGCUUUCCCACUUAAGUCAGAUCAGGAUAUACAGGAGCUGUUGACGGUGGCUCAGACACAGCUUGAGAGUAAUGGUGCACGCAUAGCUUAUCAGACACUUUACACAGAGGACACAGAUGGAAAGCACAAAACAUUCCUGAGUCUAGUGAAAAGCCAGGCUACUGCUGAAAGACUUCAAUACAUCAAUGAGCUGAGGGUACAACUUGAAGGGAAAGGGACGGUGAAUGCAAAGCACCUGAGGACUGCUUUUAAAACCAUAGAUCCUUCACUGGAUUCUGAAACUCUUGACUGGAACCUCCGUAUAGCUUUUCAAACAAAAGCCCAUGAAUUAAAAGAUAUAGAUGUGAACACGGAGGUCGUGCUACAGCGUCUCUCUGUGGCUAAUGUGAAAAGGGCAGGGCCAAAGUAAUGACCUUUGUCUAAACAAGCACAUUACUUUUCUUGCGUGGUGUAUUUAUAGCAGAGUUAUAACAAGCACAAUGAACAGCAAUCUAUCAUAUUAAAUAACCAUUUAAAUAAUUUAACAGACUUCUUAAUUUUUUAUGUCUCUUUAAAGAUAAGAAUCCAUAAGAAUUUGUAGACAUAAAUUAACAAGGUUAAUGAGUAUUAUGUGCAAUGAAUCAUCAUCAUAAGUCAUUUAUAUAGUGAGUUACCUGUCAUGUUAUUUAUGUUGAUUUUUUUAUGUUAUAAUGGUUAAAUUUUAAUUUAAAAUUAGGAUUUUUUUAAAUAAAUACAAAUAAAUAGUUAGUUUGAUUUUGUG